UCUGUUGAUUGGAGGAGAAUCUUUCCAUGACGAAUCAACAGAAUAAAAGAGUCAUACAAGCAUUCAACUACGCAGGUUUAGGCUUUUGUAGACCGAAAACAUACAAUGAUGAACUUUUAAAAGGUAACAAAGGUAGCUUGGAGAGUUUAAAGUUUUGGCAGCUCGUCCAUGAAGCACGUCGUCGGCAGCUUAAACGUGGAAGGUUAUUCUUCAUCGUACAGGCAACUUCCAAAGAAGACAAAAGUCAUAGUCCAAAGCAGCCUCCCUCGAAUACAUCGUUACCGAAAUCUAAACAGGAAGCUGAUCAACCAUCGUUUGGGAGUUCACCAGGAGACUUUGGUAACGGAAAUGGUGGAAGAAAUCAGGAUAGUUUUGGAGGUCACGAAGAAGACAAUCCCGAAAACCAAAACUCGCCUAUUUCAUUCUUUUGCGAGGCAUCAGAAAAGAAUAUUGAUUCUGAUUUGAAGGGAGUUUUGAGGGCCUAUAAAACAAGUUUCGAUUCUUUGCCCGAUGAUGUGAAGAGAGCCAUUCAAACAGGAGUUAUUUCUCGAUCGACUUUAUCUUAUUUUUUAUUGCAACUUCGAAAUCCGUUUCUAGGAUGGGCACUUCGCCUGUUUCGUUCCUUCCGCAACCGCGUCUUGGCUGAUAAGGACUUCCUAUACAAGGUCAUGGUUCAAGAGAUUGUUGGUAAUGGUACUGCUCUUAUUGGAGAAGUUAUGGUUCGUAAGAAAGAAAUAUUGGAUGAAAUGGAAUAUGUCUUAUCGGAUAUGAUUAUUGGACUUGUAGUAGAAGCCACUUUUGUAUGGCUGUUGGCUCCUGCCAAUCCAUUUCCUACUUUACAAACAACUCGAAAUGGUCAUUUUCUAGUCAACAUAAUAUCCCAACUACCAGCCAAUAUGUUUGAAGCAGCCAGUCCAAAUAGACCUUAUAACAUAUUUCAACGUGGCUUGUCUUUUUUAUGGUCUGGAAUACAAUAUUCUGUAAUUGGUAUUGGUGCAGGCUUAGUAGGAACUGUUCUUACCUAUGGAAUGCUUCAAAUACGAAAGCAGUUUCAACCUCAUUAUCAAAUAAGAAGAAGAUUGCCUCCGAUUAUUGCUAAUAGUCUUGGAUGGGGUGCUUAUAUGUUUCUUUCUGCUAAUCCUCGUUUCCAAAUGGUCGAAGGUUUGGAGAGAUUGUGUGGAAUAUUAUUUGUUCAGAGACUUGAUUGGUUGUUGAAGUUUUGUAUAUUCUUUCUUCGUUUCGGUAAUAAUCUUUAUGGUGGAAUUCAGUUUGUACAAUUCUUUCGAGCACUUGGAUUGCAAUCAACAGAAGACUUGCAGCCAUGAAAAUAGAAAAUAUUUUAGUUUUGUUU